GCCACUCGACCAAAUACUUCCACUCCUUGGCUAAUUCACCCGAGCCAGUAUACCCCUUGAUCGCAGCAACCAGGCAACCGAUUGCGCCGAUCAAGCAAUUUGGUUCGGACAACCCUUCUUCCACUCGUACCACUUGGACCGACCGAUCUUUCUCGAGAUCUUGUCUCUACGAACGCCGAGCUUCUCAGUCCUGCGAUUGUUUCUCGACCUGCUUUCCUCGACUCUCGGCGGCUGUCAGAGAUCGCCAUUCCGACCAGGGGUGCCGGAUGCAGCUGAGGCGCAUGACACAACACUCGACGGUAUUUGUGUUUGGUCUCGAAACAAGUCCACAUUAGGGCACGUCACCUUCCAUCGGCGAUAAAUCGAGAUGGCGGAGCGCGAUAACCGAGAUUACGACGGUGGUGAAGGGUCUCUGGACCCAGAGACGCUUUACACGAAGGAUUACUGCAUUGGCGGAGGGAGCUUCGGCAAGGUUUACAAAGGUGUCGACAAGCGCACCGGUCAGUCAGUGGCAAUCAAGAUCAUCGAUAUCGAGAGCGCCGAAGAUGAGGUGGAGGACAUCAUACAAGAGAUUGCGAUACUGUCCGAGCUACAGUCACCUUACGUCACUAAGUACUACGGCUCGUACGCCAAAGGUGCCGAGUUGUGGAUUGUGAUGGAAUUUUGCGCCGGAGGCAGCUGCGCCGACCUCAUGAAGCCGGGCUUUAUCAGCGAGGACUACAUUGCCAUCAUUAUCCGCGAGCUGCUUCUUGGCCUAGACUACCUGCACUCCGACAAAAAGCUACACCGGGACAUCAAGGCUGCGAAUAUCCUUCUUGCUGCCAACGGCCAGGUCAAGCUGGCCGAUUUCGGUGUAUCCGGCCAACUAUCGGCGACCAUGACGAAGAAAAACACCUUUGUCGGAACUCCGUUCUGGAUGGCGCCCGAGGUCAUCAAGCAGAGCGGCUACGACCACAAGGCCGACAUUUGGUCCCUAGGAAUCACCGCCCUAGAGCUUGCCAACGGCGAGCCUCCGUACGCUGACAUCCACCCAAUGAAGGUGCUUUUUCUCAUUCCCAAGAACCCGCCACCGCGGUUAGAAGGCAAUUUCACGAAGGCGUUCAAGGACUUUGUCGAGUUGUGCCUCCAGCGAGACCCUAAAGACCGGCCGUCAGCCAGAGAGAUGCUCAAACACCCGUUUAUCAAGAAAGCCAAGAAGACAAGCUGCCUGACGGAGUUGAUUGAGCGGUAUAGUCGAUGGGCCGUGACCCACAAGCAGGAAGACGACGAACUUGACGGAGACGACGCCGACCAGGUCGAGAACCGGAGCCCCAUCAACGAGGACAUGUGGGACUUCGGAACCGUACGCCUCGUCAACGAGCGAGGCAACCUGGUACAUAGGCCCGGCCUGCUCAACCCCAUGGGGGAUUCAGCGACCAAUGCGAGGGCGUCAGCGGCAUUCAAUACCACCGACUACCGCGACGAGAGGAGGCGAGAAGGCAGCCCCAGCAAGUACGCUGCUGCUGACACAAGCGACACGCUCAAAGGAGCAACCGGGACAGGCACGUCCAGGCAGUCGUCCCCACAGAGAAAACCAGUGCCUACACCAGCGGCGGCGCCGUUGUCACCGAGCAAAGUUCCGCUACCACCCUCGCCUCAGAAGUCUCAAUCCGGACCCGGAUCCGAAACCCCGCGGGCGUCGCUCGUGUCAAAGCCCAUGCCGCCAAUUCCGUCUCCUAGCUCCCCCGAGGACUAUGACCGCGUGCUGCAAGAACAGCUGCAGCGAGAGAUGGAUGGCAUGAACCUCGGCCCCGCCAUCCAGCCACAGAGCCCGUCUGUCCGCUCCACAGCCUCGUCUACUAGGCCAGUGCCCAUGAAAAUCCCAGAGAUACCGCCCUUCCGAGGAGUAUCGCAACAACACCAGCCGCCCUCCAAUCGGGACUCGGCUCACCCGCAGCCUCUCGAAGCGAGGAAGGCCACGCAACCAGCUCCAGGCUUCCAGUUUAAUCAUCAACGACAGCAGCAGCAGCAGCAGCACAGACCCUCCUACUCCAGCCAAAACAUCCAACCGCUAGUCUCCAAGGAGCUCCCCCGGCCGUUGCCAAACCCCGGGGUGGGCGCGGGAGAACGGAUCCCUUCAUCCUCCAACCCGGUCUCCUUCCCGACCCCAGCGCCUUCCAAUCCCAAUGGCGAGCUCGACGCCCUCAACGACGUCAUCUUUCCGGCCCUUGAGGAAGCGCUCAAGCGGCGCCAGAUCAACCUGCAGCAGACGUACCGCCCGGAGCAGGCGCCAGGCAUGCCGCCACCCCCGGUAACGCCCAAGCAGCAGCGCGCGGAGGCGGCUCACGAAAAGAUUCGGAAGCUGGUGUACAAGCUGGCGCACGUGUGCAAGGAGAUUGACCACUUCGACAAGGCGGAGCCGGUGCGGAUGGGGAAGGACGUUGGCACCUUUCUGGAGGGACUGCUGGAGGAGAUCCUUGUGAGGGUCGAGCCGCUGGAUGAGGAGGACGGGGGUGCUUGAACGGAAAGGAGAAGAAAAGGGCAAUCACAAAGGAGGAACUGUUUGGGAUACGGUGGGUCAGUCUCAUUAUCGCGCACUGGACAUGACGAGACAUAUGACCGGUCUAGGCUCGGGUUUUGGGAGCAGUGGUAGAGGGCCCCCGAGUUAGGGCGUGUUAUGAA